AUGCUAACAAGAGGAAAAGUUAUUGUAUUAAUUUUUUUAUUUUCAACAAUUAUCUGGAUAAAUGUGUAUGACAAAUAUAAAAACUCAAAUUCCUUAAUUAAAUGGAUUUAUAUUCCGUUGUAUUUAAUUACUAUAUUAGCAAUUUAUGCCAUUAUAUGUAUAUCUAUAAAUCUUUAUAAUUUUAAUAACAUUCCUAAUGGACAUGAGGAAUUAUUAAAAGAAUUAAGUCAUAUUAAAAAUGAAUUGGAAAAAAAAAAUUUUACUUUUGAUUAA